AUGCCCAAGAGAAAGCACGAGGAAAUCGUCGAGAACGACAGCGCACACAGCGAUUCUGACAAUGACAAGUUUGAUUUCGAAGACGAGGUUGCCUUUGACGAUUCAGAAGAGGAAAGUGGAGAGGAAUCCCAAGGUGACAGUGGAUCCGAGCUAGACGACGACGAUGAGUUUGAUGACGAUGAGAUCACAGAGAGCAAACCGAACAAAGCAAAGAAGCAAAGCAAAGAAGCAUUUUCAGAUGCAAUGACCAAGAUUCUUGCAAGUCAAUUGAAGGGAACGGAUAAAAAGCAACCCAUCAUGGCACGGUCCAAAGGCACUGAACGCAAGAUCGAGGAGGAAAAGUUGGAAUACAAGGCACGCAAAGUGUUGGCUGCUGAAAAGAAGGCGCUCAAGGAAAAGGGUCAUGUGAUUCCAGAUUAUACAACAUUCGAAUACGAAAAGCGGUUACGAAAGGUGGCCACUCGUGGUGUGGUCAAGUUAUUCAAUGCAGUACGUAUCCAACAAAAGACAACCGAGCACGCUGUAUCAGAGGUACAAGAAUAUCGCAAGGCAUCAUCAGCUUUGGAAAAGGCAAAGAAUGUGUCUACGAUGUCCAAAUCCAACUUUUUAGAUUUAUUGAAGAGUGGCAAUUCAUAA